GGGCGGGGCCACCUUCUAGGCCCGCCCCCUCCUUUAUAAACCCACUGCGGCAGGGCGGGCUAGAGCAGGCGUAGCUGCUUCUCACAGAGACUUCGUCGCAACGACUCAGCGUGAGCUUUGAGCCCCGCCGUUCCUCAUCAUGCGUGAGUGUAUCUCAGUCCAUGUUGGCCAGGCUGGCGUGCAGAUGGGCAACACCUGCUGGGAGCUGUAUUGCUUGGAACAUGGGAUUCAGCCAGAUGGACAGAUGCCAAGUGAGAAGACCAUUGGCGGUGGGGAUGACUCCUUCACUACCUUCUUCUGUGAAACUGGAGCUGGGAAGCAUGUGCCCCGGGCUAUCUUUGUGGACUUGGAACCCACCGUGAUUGAUGAAAUUCGUACUGGCACUUACCGCCAGCUCUUCCACCCAGAGCAGAUGAUCACUGGCAAAGAAGAUGCUGCCAACAACUAUGCCCGUGGGCACUACACCAUUGGCAAAGAGAUAAUUGACUUGGUGUUGGACAGGAUCCGGAAACUGGCUGACCAAUGCACAGGGCUCCAGGGAUUCCUCGUCUUCCACAGCUUUGGGGGAGGCACUGGCUCAGGAUUCACCUCCCUGCUGAUGGAACGGCUCUCGGUUGACUAUGGCAAGAAGUCCAAGCUAGAAUUUGCUAUUUACCCAGCUCCUCAGAUAUCAACAGCUGUGGUUGAGCCCUACAACUCCAUCCUCACCACACACACCACCCUUGAGCACUCAGACUGUGCCUUCAUGGUGGACAAUGAAGCCAUCUAUGAUAUCUGCCGCAGGAACCUGGACAUCGAGCGCCCAACUUACACAAACCUCAACCGCCUUAUCAGCCAGAUUGUGUCCUCCAUCACAGCCUCGCUUCGCUUUGAUGGGGCGCUCAAUGUGGACCUGACAGAGUUCCAGACCAACCUGGUGCCCUACCCUCGCAUCCACUUCCCUCUGGCCACUUACGCCCCAGUCAUCUCUGCAGAGAAGGCCUAUCACGAGCAGCUUUCUGUAUCAGAGAUCACCAAUUCUUGCUUUGAGCCAGCUAACCAGAUGGUGAAAUGUGACCCCCGCCAUGGCAAAUACAUGGCCUGCUGCCUGUUGUAUCGAGGUGAUGUGGUGCCCAAGGAUGUCAACGCUGCUAUUGCUGCCAUAAAGACCAAGCGCAGCAUCCAGUUUGUGGACUGGUGCCCCACAGGUUUCAAGGUGGGCAUCAACUACCAGCCUCCCACUGCAGUCCCAGGCGGAGACCUAGCCAAGGUGCAGCGGGCAGUGUGCAUGCUGAGCAAUACCACCGCCAUUGCUGAGGCCUGGGCCCGCCUGGACCACAAGUUUGACCUGAUGUACGCCAAGAGGGCUUUUGUCCACUGGUACGUAGGGGAAGGCAUGGAAGAAGGGGAGUUCUCCGAGGCACGAGAAGACAUGGCUGCCCUGGAGAAGGAUUAUGAAGAAGUGGGCAUUGAUUCAUAUGAGGAUGAAGAGGAGGGAGAAGAGUAGCUCUAGAUGCUGCACAUUGUCUGAUGGAUCUUCAUUUUCAAUAAAGUAUGUUUGGUUUUAUCUGAA